AUGAACCAAACCGAAAGCUCAUCCGGCGAUACUAAUAAUUCCAAACCAGACAGAACCGGAUCAGUCUCACCUGUACCGAAGUGGAUAACCGAGACGAUCAAUGGUGGAUCGUUCCCCGUCGUUGACCUCCAUACCGGAACCGACGGCUGGGCUUCCCCUCCAGGCGACGUCUUCCCACUCCGCUCUGUUAGCUACUUCACCAACAAACAGAAAUCUCCCGCCGGAGACUACCUCCUCGCUCCGGCCGGCGUUGACUGGCUCAGAUCCAGUACGAAACUCGACAACGUCCUGGCUCGUCCCGAUAACCGUGUAGCUCACGCGCUCAGAAAAGCCCAAUCUCGCGGCGAGUCCCCAAAUAGCUUCAUCUUCGCGGUUAAUUUCCAGAUUCCGAGCAAGGAGCAAUACAGCCUGGUGUACUACUUCGCGACGGAAAAUCCGAUUCCGUCCGAUUCUGUCCUCCGCCAGUUAAUCGACGGAGACGACUCGUUCCGUGACCGGAGAUUCAAAGUGUUGACCCGAGUCGAGAAAGGUCCCUGGGUAGCCAAAGCGGCGGCGGGGAGCUUCGGCGCGUUCGUUGUGGGUAACGUUGUGAGCUGUGGUUACCAUAGAGGAUCUAACUACUUUGAGAUCGAUAUCGAUUUGAGCAGCUCGAGGAUCAUGGCGACGUUUACGCGGCUUAUGUUUGGGUUCAUGACGAGCCUAACGCUCGACGUUGGUUUCGUUGUGGAGGCGCGAACGGAGGAUGAGCUGCCGGAGAGACUGAUCGGAGCUAGUAGGAUCUGUCAUACGGAGUUAUCGUCGGCGUUUGUGGUCGACGAGAUGCUCUGCAACCGCCAAAAAUGA